CGAGGAACAGACCAACUCCUGCGUGACGCGGCCGGGAGGGUCCCGCGCUGCCUUGUGCGGUGCCGGACCGAUGCGCUCGACACCGGUCCACAUGGCCUUGUUGGAAGCUAUGGAGCAGCAGAGUGUUUCUGUAGCAAAAGCCGGUCUUGUUGCCACUCUGUCUGCACGCACGGCAGUGCUUGCUGCUGCAAAUCCAAUCGGUGGCCAUUACAAUCGGGCCAGGACAGUCAACGAGAACUUGAAAAUGAGCAGCGCAUUGUUAUCAAGAUUUGACUUGACCUUCAUCCUGCUUGACAGUCGUGAUGAGCUUAUGGAUCGGCGACUCUCAGAGCAUGUCUUUGCGUUGCAUGGCCGGAGAUCCUUUCCUUCAUCCACCCGCAGCAAGUCGUAUGUGCAGCCCAAGAGGCCUCAUCAUCUGGAUGCAGAAAUGGCGAUUGAUUAUGCAAGCUCAAUUGCGAAGCGACUUCGACUGGAGCCUUUGGGAAAUUCAAACUUUGAGCCCGCACCACCAAGAUUGCUUCAGAAGUACAUUGCGUAUGCUCGACAGUACGUCUUCCCAAGGAUGUCAGAGGAAGCAUGUCAAGUAAUACAAAACUUCUACCUUCGACUACGAGAGCGCCGGCAGUCUGGAGACAGCACACCAAUUACUCUUCGUCAGCUUGAGAGUCUAGUCAGGCUUGCAGAGGCCCGAGCGCGCAUUGAACUACGAGAAGUGGUUACAAAACAAGAUGCUGUGGAUGUGGUUGAGAUAAUGAAAGAGUCUCUCUUGGAUAAAUAUGUCGAUGAGCAAGGGUGUGUGGAAGUAGGACGCAGCGGUGGAAUGAGCAAGCAAAAAGAGGCAAAGCGCUCUUUUGUGACCGAGGCGAGCCGGUUACCCAACGUAAGUUAUUAACAGCACCCCCCCUGGAUACCUGUGGGCCCUGCAUGAGGACCCCUCCGUUUACUAGAUACGUAGAAAAGAAAUAGAUGGUAGAUCAAGUGUUUUUAGCAUGGUCACAACCCAUGAAGAGAGCAGGUUAGUCGGUCAGACGAGAACACAGGCGAAUAUCAAAAGAGUUUGCAGACCUUGAGGUGGCACCUAAGAGAGUAGUGGAGAGAGAGAUCAAACAUUGAAUAGAGAUAGUACUCUGUAGCAAGACCCUGAAGGGUCAGAUCUAUGGGAUGUCUCUCAUAGGAUUAGAGGAAUUGUGCAAGGGUGGAUAAAGCCUAGCUGACCUC